AUGUCAUUACCAGCUCACAAAUCAUCUACGAGCACCUCUACCCGCGAUGGCCCAUACACUAGCCCCACAGAGUCGGAUUUCUCGGAGGGAUAUGAUACGCUGGACUCCGUUCGGUCGUGGGACGAGAAAAGGGUGAUAGAUUGGCUACAUAGUAUACGAUGCGGUCAAUACGAGCCGCUCUUCAAAGCAAAUAACUUCAAUGGCGAUAAUCUCCUUGACUGCGAUCAGAAGAUUCUUCAGGAAAUGGGAAUCAAGAAAAUCGGAGACCGGGUCCGGAUUUUCGUGGCCAUCAAACAACUCAGAAACAAAAACGCGUCGAAUCGCAAAAAGCGCAAUAGGGAUUCAUUAGUUGCCCUCGAUUCCGCGAGCUUCGUACCCCCUUCUUCUGAAUCUCCCCGCGGAGCAAAUUCUCGACAACAGGCGGGAGGAAAUCGCCGAUGGUCACGCCAUCUCGACCCUCUAACAAGCUACAACACAAGCUAUACAGUACCCGGGAAAACGUCCAGACCGUCUUCACCCCAAGCAGAUUCUGACCGUGGCUUGCGAUCGUAUCGGUAUCCAGUCGCUAGCCCGAUGGAAAGUUCACGGAGGGAACAAGGUUCGAAUUACUUUAGCAAUUACCCCAAUUCCGGUUCUAACACCACCCGCUAUCCAGGAACUCCAGGAGAUGUCCCCCAAACUGCCAGAACGAUCACCCACGUCAGACAAAGUCCCAGUAUGGAUGGAAUCACCAUGAGCUCCCUUCCUCCUAAUUCGCCGGUUAUUCGAGUGAUACAUUCCGGCGGACAGACCAAAGUCUUGAACAUAAAGCAUUGUAAAAGCCCAGAGAAUAUUCUCAUCUGCGUUUUGAGAAAGCUUCUACUUCCAGAAUCCCAUUAUAAAAACUACUGCUUUUAUGUUCUGGACGGCUUAGAUCCAAACCCAGUCAACUGCCGUCGCCUGUCGGAUUCAGAACUGCUUAAAAUAUGCGAUGGAUCCCAUAGAUCGGAACGCGGCCGGCUAAUCCUGAGGAAAAUCCACGCUGGUGAACCCGAACCGGAAGAACUCCAGAGAGCAGCUCAGAUUGCCCUUGAUGAGACUCAGACGGCCCAUUUAAAUGCCCUCAGUGGCACCAACGUGCGGAACCAGAUCAAACUGCAAAAGCUGACUGGCGAGUCAUGGCAUAACAUUAGACAGCCACUGUCACCCAUGUCCUCUGACCGAAAUAGAGAUGAGUUCCAAAGACAAACACCUUCGGAAAGACAUCAGUCUGCGAAGUUGCGGUCGUUUUUCGGUGCUCGACCACCAAGUGAAAUGAUUAUUCACGAGCUCACGUCGUAUUUUCCAAGCCACCAGAAGGAAGACAUUGAAAAAACAAUGCGUUUAUCAGUCCGAAGAUCUCAACGUAUGAGCCGUGCCGCAAGCCGUCUGAGUGUUGUUAGCAAUUCCAGCUAUGCCUCAAGUCUGAGAGAUGCCCCACCCAUCCCUAGUAUUGCAGACACUUGGUUGACUGGAACUAAUGGUCCUGGGGGGAGACCUGCGAGACCAUUGUCUGUUUCCAAGUUCAACCUGCCUCAGAUAUCAUUCCGAGAUUCCAUAGUGUCCACUUCCCUACAGCCACUGCAAGAAGAAUCUCUUGAACCUAACCGAAAAUCAUAUAUUUCCUUUGACAGUGGCUCCGACCAGACUUCCGGGGAGACUGAUCGUCAGACUUUCUUGGAUGAGGCACUUACCCUGAAUGAUGGUGGAUCGAUCAACGAACGUCUUAGCAUGAUAGUUGCAGAGGAUGGAGAGGAGCAAGACGAUGGCCUGAACGCUUUCCUGGCUGGCGACAAUUUCGGUAACAAAAACUGGAUGAAGGGAUCUCUCAUCGGCGAGGGCUCCUUUGGAAGCGUCUUCCUCGCCCUCCAUUCCAUCACCGGGGAACUCAUGGCUGUUAAACAAGUAGAACUCCCUUCAGCAACCCAGGGAACAGAGUUCGACAAAAAGAAGAACAUGAUGGUUGCUGCCCUCAAGCACGAAAUUGACCUUCUCCAGGGCCUCCAACAUCCAAACAUCGUCCAGUAUCUCGGAACAUCAGCAGACGAACAACACCUGAACAUUUUCCUCGAGUACGUCCCGGGUGGCUCCAUAGCCAUGAUGCUCAAGCAAUACAACACCUUCCAAGAACCCCUCAUCAAAAACUUCGUCCGCCAAAUCCUCGCCGGCCUCUCCUACCUUCACAGCCGCGACAUAAUCCACAGAGACAUAAAGGGCGCCAACGUCCUCGUCGACAACAAAGGCGGCAUCAAAAUCUCCGACUUUGGCAUCUCCAAACGCGUCGAGGCAUCCACCGUGCUAGGCAGUGGUGCGAACCUUGGCGGGGGAGCAGGUCACUUACACCGCCCUUCUCUCCAGGGAAGUGUGUACUGGAUGGCACCCGAAGUCGUGCGGCAAACGGCGCAUACCAAAAAGGCCGACAUAUGGAGUCUGGGCUGUCUCGUCGUUGAGAUGUUCAUUGGCGCCCACCCGUUUCCUGACUGUAGUCAGCUGCAGGCUAUAUUUGCGAUUGGAAGCAAUCAGGCACGGCCCCCGCCGCCAGAAAAUGCGAGCAAGGAGGCCAUGGCCUUUCUGGAUAUGACGUUUGAGAUUAAUCAUGAGAAGAGACCGAGUGCGGACGAGUUGCUUAGCAGCCCCUUUUUAAAGCAGGCCAUGCCGUGA